AUGAGGUGGGUCUGGGCGAGCGCCUGUGCGACCUGUGUGUUGUCCGGCACUGAAGCAAUGCCUUGGGUCGAUAAAGAUGGCUCUGAGCUCAAGGAUGCCGUUGUUCUGGCUCGCUUCGUCAUUCGCAGCUCCACAGCCACGGUGGAGUUGGCCGCCCUGGGCCGGUUGCCCAAGAGCAUUCUUCUUGAGCGACUCAACCAGUCUCUACAUUUGCCUAAUCAAAUCGACUGGGCCUUUCGGGCGCUCAAGAUUCUGAGCUACAAUGGCAUGGACUUGGAUGAGUUGCGUGAGCUGCUCCCACUCAUGGUCAAGAUUGCCGAGCCCGCCAUAGCGGAUGAGGUCUUUCAACAGCUGCAUGCGUCACCCCCCAAGCAUCCGUCUCACCUGGAGCGCGCUGUUACGACUCUGAACCCCGAUUUUUCCAUCGCCGAAUCUGAGGACGAAGCCAUCGACCUGGAGAGCAUGGGUCUGCGGCUCGUUCAACUUCUCGAAGUCCUUGCCAACCUUUCCACAAACGAGGACCAUCUGGCCCAUCCCAAUUGCAAGCAUGCUGUCACGCUCUCCCAAGGGAUCGGACACAGCAAGGAUCUACAGCUUCGGCGCUUGGGCCCCGAGGGCACCGUCCUCAAGCAAUGGCUGCUCCAGAUUAUUCUGACCAGUGAUCAUCUCAACCUCCUGUACGCUGCCCUUGUCAUCAUGAGCCACCUGGUACCCGUCAGCAGCAACCAAAAUUGGCUCCGAAGUCUCGGCAGUGAUCUGUGGUCUCGACUCGCACAGAUGGUUCUCAUCCACGACGUGAAGGUGUUAUGCGCGACGUUGGAGCUUUAUUAUCAAUUCACUCUGCACGAUGAUUUUGCGGCCCAUCUAGCGGCCCAGCGCCACGUGGUGCCCGCCUUGAUCUCUCACUUGCGCUUCCUUCCAGACUCAUGGCCAGAUCGACUCGAGACCCCACUUUUGCUCAUUGAAGAGAUUCUCAAAGGCACUCAGCCCGUCGAUCUGGAGAGCAUGGCUCCAGAGGUGGGCGGCAUCAAAUAUCUCGAGCCGGCCAGCGCCACCCCCUUGCAACCUAUUCUGGCCUUGCCUCAAAGUCUGCAGCAUCUCAAGACUUGGCUUACCGCCACGUUUGCUUACAAAGGCGACCAUGCAACCGCGCUGCGACGUGCCGAGAUGUACCGCUCUUACGUUGCGGUCUGUCAAAAUGAAAAUCGCGUGCCAUUGUGCACAGAAGUGUUUGGCAAGCUCAUCAUGGAGUGCUUUCCAGGCACCAAGUGCGUCACUGGUCCUGAUUUGGGGCGCACAAUCUAUUAUACAGCUCUCUCCUCAAAAGCGAGUCAGCCGACACCGUCACCCCGUGAGCUGGUGGUAGUGCGAACGCCAAAAAUGAUGCGCGAGCAGCGCCUUGAGGUGGCUCGCCGAGGACCAUUGCAAAUAGAUUCCGUUCGCUUGGCCCGAGAGCGGCGUGAAGAGCAACGCCGGCAAGCCAUGGCUCGUCUAGAGGCAGCUUCGAGCGACAUGGGCUCAACACCUGAGGGUGCUGGUUCGCAUGCCGUCCCACUUGCCGCGCCAGCCCACGGGUCGCCGAGCAGCGAUGUUGUACCACAGGCCAAGCGAGCUCAUAUCGAGACGGCGCCACAACCGUCCUCCGUUACAACCGUUCCGCCGUCGUCAACAUCCUCGACCGCAUCAGCAAACUUCUCUGCACCACCGCCAGCUUUCUCAUCAACGGCACCCGUUGGCCAGCCAGUCUCAACGGCUCCUGUAGCCCAGCCGACCUCAACGGCUCCUGUAGCCCAGCCGACCUCGACGGCUCUUGUGACCCAACCAGCUUCAACGGUACCCGGGGGCCAAGUAGCCACAAUGGCUGCUAUGUCCCAGCCAGCCUCCACGGCCCAACCAGCUUCAACAUCGUCCAUGAGCACUUCUGAUCUACCACAAGUAGAUGGCCCUUGUGGCCUUGCGUAUGAAGACACCUUGCCGCAAGUAGAUGGGCCCAACGACGAACCGGUUGUACUACGACGAGGGCCAGCCAUUACAUGCAUCAACCCGCAAUGUGACAAGGUCUACAAGACCGUCUCUUCUCUAUCCUAUCACCUGACCUCGAAUCCUGACUGUCUGCGCUUCACCCACACCUACACUCUGGACUCCAUUCCGGAUACUACGAGUGCCGAUCACUCGUUUAUCAAAAAUCUCUUGACCAAUGCUUCGCAGCCUGGCUAUGUCUGGGUCUGCCGCUGGGAUCUCUGCCACCGACCUUUCAAGACCUUCCGGGAGGCCAUGGCCCAUGUCGCCGACUUUCAUGCCACACCCACCCGCCCCGCUCCUGUGACUUGUCACUGGGAGGGUUGCACCAAGCUUGCGCCUACCAUGAAACGCUCUUUGCUAUCGGCUCACAUGCACACGCACUACAAUGUGUGGAAGCUCACCCGUGAAGAUGAUCCGAGCAUUGAUCAUCAGCCUCUCCCACCAGAGGAUCCGACAUUCAAUUUUUCUCAGAGCAUUGACACCCACAGUCCACCUGCCGGCCCGGGAUAUACCUCGUCUGCGGCAGCCCUGCCUGCCAUGCAUUCUGCCUCCUCAAGUUUAUUGAGCAGUGCCAUGCCAACUUCGGGCGCUGGCGGCCUGCCGGUGGAGCUGUCUGCCUCUGUGCCAUGGGCACAUCAAAUGGAACUGCUCAACAGCCAAGAGGAGACCUUGCGGCGGCAGCUUCAGGAUUUGGUGCAACAAGGGGCUUCACAGCACCCACAUUUGAUGCAGCGCCAGCAAAGCGUUCAGCAUCAGUUGCAGCGCUUGAUGCUUGAGCGCCAAAAACUCCAGCUCCAACAGGGUCAGGCCGCCUUGUUGGAGCGCCAGCGCCGCCAACAAAUGCAAGCACAGGAGAAUCAGCUUCGACAUGGCGCGCAAAUGCGCGAUGUCGAUCGCCAGCGCUUGUACUGGGAGCAACAGCGCCAACGGCAGUUUGACUCGGGCAAGCAGCGUGUCAAGUGGGAGCAAGAGCGGCAACUACGUGAGCAAGCUCGGCGCAAGGCCCUUGAAGAGCAGCAGCGAAAGUUGGCUGCGCAAGCGCAGGCCCGCAAGGCGAGGCAGAUGCAGCAGCAGACGGCCUACCAUCGCGCCCCCACUGUCACCGCCGCCAUGGCCCGCAGCUUGCAAGACUAUGAGCAACAAAAAAAGCUGUUUUUAGAGAACAUUCGCGUUCAUAGCGGGUCCGUUUGGGUGCGUGAGCACGCGUGCGAUCCACGCACCAUCCAAACCAUCCGCUUCAUGGCCGCGCUGGUGCUGCGCAAUUUGGCCAAGACCGCACCGACGGCUCAGCUGAAGUGCCGCGAGGACACAUUGCUUGACGUGGCAACGGAAAAUGCCGAGCUUCGACGCCCACUACUGCAAUGCAUCCGCUCCCUCUACAAUGCGGCAUAG